UGGCCGUAAAUUGAAUUACUCCAUAUUGGCCACGUAGUCUUCAUCUUUCAAUUGAACAUUUGAGCAGCGUUUAGUCUAGGAAACAAAUUAGAAAUUGUUUUUCUUUUGUACUUCUUUUAGGCGAGGGGAGUUCAUCAAACACAAAAUGAUCCAUAAAAUUGCUUAGAUAUAUGAAGAGCGCGGGGUUGGGCAACAGAGAACUCUUAUCUGAAAACAAACAAAAGCGAUGGAGGGUUCAACAUAUAUAUCUGAGUGUAAAGACACAAGCCAACGACAGGACUCAAACUUGCACAAGGCCACACUUGCGAAACAAGGAACCAAGAACAAAACAAUCUCAAUCACCAAACCAUAAAAUAUUCAAGGCUUAUGGGACCUGAAUGAAACUGUUCCAUACUAUAAAAGUAAGAAAAAACCCACUAGUAAAAGCAACAACAGGGGAGGAUGGAGAAAAGGGAGAGGCACUUUGUAUUAGUUCAUGGAGCCUGUCAUGGGGCAUGGUGUUGGUAUAAGGUGGCAACUUUGCUGAGAUCUGCUGGUCACAGAGUCACUGCCUUGGACCUCGCGGCUGCCGGUGCCAAUAGAAAGCGACUAGACGAGCUUAAUUCAAUUUCAGACUACUAUGAACCAUUGAUUGAGUUCAUGACCUCACUCGUAACCGGGGAAAAGGUGAUCCUGGUAGCUCACAGCUUGGGUGGGGUCAGCGUAUCGGUUGCAAUGGAGAGGUUCCCUCAGAAAAUUUCUGUGGGAGUUUUCGUAGCAGCUCUAAUGCCGGGUCCUGAUUUAAAUCUUCCCACUGUUCUUCAAGAGUACACGUUCGAUAGAGGGCCCAACAAUCCUCCAACCUCCGUGAUAUUUGGCCCGGAGUACUUGGCAGCCAAGCUUUAUCAGCUCUCCCCACCUGAGGAUUUGAUGCUUGCAACCAUGUUGAUGAGGCCCAUCAAUGGAGAAAAUUUGCUGAAGAAAAUAACGGUGACUAAGGAAAAGUAUGGAACGAUUCGUCGAGUUUAUAUCGUGUGUGAUAAAGAUAAUGUGCUAGAUGAGGAUUUUCAACGAUGGAUGAUAAAAAAUAAUCUAACGGAUGAGGUGAAAGUGAUUUUGGGUUCAGAUCACAUGCCCAUGUUCUGUAAGCCAUUGGAGCUAUGUGCUUAUUUGCAAGAAAUAGUUGAAAGUUAUUCUUAG